AUCCGCAACGCAUCGAGUCGCUUUGAAACCCGAUUGAUUCAGUUCGGCGCAGCGGUGGAGACCAAGUUGGUUUUCAUUGUUGUUGUACCUAGGUAACUUUCAGCCAACCGCACUGACCAGUGGUCGGGCUGCAGAUCGUCUGUCAGCAACAAAGACAUCGUGAAUAUCGAUUUCAAUAGGUGACUGAACUCUCUCCUUAACGGCUGUAACCCAUUGUUCUAUCCCGAACUAUUUAAAGCCCCAUGAAGUUGCCCCGUGACACCUCUCUACGACAAUCAAAAUCUCUCUUUGAUCUAAUCCAGGCUCCGGAGUGACCGCAGCCUCUGCUCACAAUGACGGGACUCCCCUGGGCGACGGUCUAUAUCGCGAUCGCUGCGUAUGCAAUCGCCAAAUCGACCUUCGGCAAUUUCAUCCUUCUAUCGAUCCUGGUCUCUCUGCUCAAGGUUUUCUAUAAUUGGGUGCUGUAUCCAGACUUUUUCACGCCGAUCAAGAAAAUUCCAUCGCCUCCCGGUCGAUCGUGGCUCACAGGCAAUUCCGACACAGUCUUUUUGGAGGCGCCUUAUGAGCAUAUGCGUAAAUGGCUGGAAAAUGUUCCAAAUGACGGAUUGAUCCGCUAUUAUGUCUCUAUUAAUCUAGAGCGCAUUUUACCAGUGGGCCCACGAGCUUUGAAAGAAAUUCUGGUCACCAAGUCGUACGACUUCCCGAAACCUGAAUUCAUCAGGGCAAGCCUCAAACGUUUAGCCGGGGAACAUGGGUUGCUCCUUGUGGAAGGGGAUGAUCAUAAGAAAUCUAAAAAGAACCUUCUUCCGGCAUUCGCUUAUCGCCAUGUUAAAGAGAUGUAUCCGAUCUUCUGGUCAAAGAGUAUCGAAAUGGUGAGGGUAAUGGACGAAGACCUGCGAAAAAAGGCUGAUCCAACGGACAAUGUCCUCCGUAUGGGAGCGUACGCCAGUAGGACGGCGCUCGAUAUCGUUGGGGUUGCCGGAAUGGACCAUGACUUCCAAUCUCUUCGUGACCCUAACAACAAGCUCGUGAGAACGUAUCAGAACCUGAUGAGUGAACCGCCAUUGUACAUGAAGAUUAUCUUCCUCCUGACUCUGCUCCUGGGCGACCCUGCCUUCGUUCAUGACCUGCCACUCGAGAGGAACAGGAGUAUUGAGCGAAGUUCUGAAACCAUCCGAGAUGUAGCACGACAGAUGAUCCGGCAGAAGAGAGCGAAAUGGGAAAGUGGGUCCUCCACCUCAGAAGAUAUUGAUAUUGUCUCUGUUGCCCUGCGAAGCGGGAAUUUCACCGAGGAGGAGCUGGUAGACCAAAUGAUGACCUUCUUGGGGGCCGGACAUGAAACCACAUCAACUGCCUUACAGUGGUGUGUAUACGCCUUAUGCAAACACCCCGAGAUACAGAACCGACUCCGCGAAGAGAUCCGUGCAAACCUCCCGUCUAUCUCGACAGAGAACCCCCAGCCGCCUGCUGCUGCCGAUAUCGAUAAUCUCCCAUAUCUCAAUGCAUUCUGUAAUGAAGUCCUUCGCUUUCACCCGUCUGUGCCUGCCACUAUCCGCUGUGCUAGUCGAGACACAACGAUCAUUGGAGAGCCCAUUCCAAAAGGCACAUUAUUUCUGAUUGCCCCCGAAAUCAUCAAUAAGAGCAAAGAGUUCUGGGGCCCCGACGCCGACAAGUUUGACCCAGAACGCUGGCUAGGCCCUGGUCGGGCCAACAAUGGUGGUGCUGACAGCAAUUAUGCCAACCUUACGUUUUUACACGGACCACGGAGCUGCAUCGGCCAGGGAUUCGCUAAAGCAGAGCUGGCCUGUAUGGUGGCCGUCGUUGUGGGCAAGUACCAUAUGGAGCUGAAGAAUCCCAAUGCUCCACUUGAAGUCCGACAACAAGCGACUGUCUGCCCUAAAGACGGUGUGCUUGCUAAGUUUACUACUAUAGAUGGGUGGUGACGAAAUGACCCUGUUGAAUUCAUUUUUGUACAUUAAUAUCGAUCUACUUACUGCUUGGAUAUCUACGAAUUAGGGAUCUAGCUGUGGCAACUCACUAUGGAAAUGGUUGGUGUUCCUUUG